GGUCAUGGAGAGACGCCAGCGAGCGCCGCCACAACUCUGGUCGGCACCAACGGGACGCACCUCGUUCGGACCAUGAGGAGCGUGUGCACCCGAGUGACGGUGUGCGUCCGAGCGCAGGGCCCCCGCGGCUCCGGGAGGGCGCUCUGUGCCGUCGCACCGCAGAGAGCUCUCUGUGUGGCGGUGGCGCCGGGGAAGUCGGAGGGGAGAAAAGGAGCCGAGAGGGCCGGAGGUCGGGUGCGGAGCUUCCAGGAGAUCCCUCACACGGGGAGGAGCGGCUUGAUCAACCUGGUGAAGUUCUGGAGAGAGGACCGUUUCCGGCAGAUCCACAAGCACAUGGAGAGGACCUUCAACGCCCUGGGGCCCAUCUACAGGGAGCACGUGGGCACCCACAGCAGCGUGAACAUCAUGUUGCCGGCGGACAUAGCCGAGCUGUUUCGCUCCGAGGGGCUGCACCCCCGACGCAUGACCCUGCAGCCGUGGGCAACGCACCGGGAGACGCGGCAGCACAGCAAGGGAGUUUUCCUCAAGAACGGCGAGGAGUGGCGAGCUGACCGCCUGCUGCUCAACAAGGAGGUGAUGAUGAGUGCGCCCGUGCAGCGUUUCCUCCCGCUGCUUGAUGAGGUCGCGAUGGAUUUCUGCCGAAUGCUCCGGGCGAGAGUGGAGAAGGAGGGGAGAGGCGAGGAGGGAAAGCGCAGUCUGACCCUGGAUCCCAGUCCUGACCUCUUCCGCUUCGCGCUAGAAGCCAGUUGCCAUGUGAUCUACGGGGAGCGCAUCGGCCUCUUCGCCUCGUCUCCCUCCAUGGAGUCCCAGAAGUUCAUCUGGGCCGUGGAGCGAAUGCUGGCCACGACCCCUCCUCUCCUCAACCCCCCUCGCCUGAUGCUCCUUGCGGGCGCUCCUCUGUUGACGCAGCAUGCCAGAGUAAUACACAUCUUCUGCAACGCCGAGGCGAGGAUCCAGAAGGGAUACCAGCUGUCUUCCUCGCGGGCUCGAGGGUCCGAGGCUGCAGCCGGAGGCCAGUACACCGGAGUUCUGGGCCAACUCAUGGAGAAAGGGCAGCUAUCUUUAGACCUCAUCAAAGCCAAUGUCACUGAGCUGAUGGCUGGAGGGGUCGACACGACAGCGGUGCCCCUGCAGUUCGCUCUGUUCGAGCUGGGUCGUAACCCCGACGUGCAGGAGAGGGUGAGGCAGCAGGUGAGGGCGUCAUGGGCACAAGCUGGUGGUGAUUCUGUGAAAGCCCUGCAGGGGGCGCCACUGCUGAAAGGCACAAUCAAGGAGAUUCUCAGGUUGUAUCCGGUGGGAACCACAGUGCAGCGGUACCCGAUCAAAGACAUCGUUCUUCAGAAUUACCACAUUCCUGCCGGGACGAUGGUGCAGGCCUGUCUUUACCCCCUGGGGAGGAGUGCCGAGGUGUUUAAGGAUCCACAUCGCUUCGACCCCGGCCGGUGGGGCGGUGCCAGAGAGGAAGGCCAGAGCGCUGGAGGGUUUCGCUCCCUGGCGUUCGGCUUUGGGGCGAGGCAGUGCGUUGGGAGGAGGAUUGCCGAGAACGAGAUGCAGCUCCUGCUCAUGCAUAUCCUGCGGAGCUUCCAUCUCAGCGUGUUGUCCUCAGAGGACCUCAAGACCACAUGCACCCUCAUCCUGCAGCCUGAGACUCCGCCGAGGAUCACUUUCAGAAAACUCUGAAACAUACGUGUGCACACUGCAGACAUGCCAUCAACACGUGACAUGCGAUUCAGUAUGAUACUACAAUACAAUACAGCGUAGCUUGUUUUAAUAUCCCAGUUCAACAACCAUAUUCUGAUGACACUCACUGAAGGUUAUACUGAGCUUCUUCCCGUCCUGAUGCACUUUGUAUUCAACCCAAUAAUUCCUGUUGCCGAUCAAUAAACUUGUAACAGGA